AUGCAGCUGGCUACUUUUUUUAUUUUGACCGUGGGGUUGGUGGUUGCUCAGGAGCACCCGGAAUGGAUUCAAAUCGACGAAAAUAAGUGUGGUGGUUGCGAAAAGGAGCAUAUUUGCUAUAAGCCCAAGCAGUAAGUUUUUAAAUUUUUGAGGAAUUUAUGGGAUUUCUAAGCGAAGUAGGCCUGUAAAAAGGUCCUACUAGGUUUAUGUAUUACUAAAAGCUGAUAGGACUAGAUCUGAAAUAGACCAAACCCAAAAAACAAUUGAAGGAAGUUUGGCUGAGCCGACGUAGGUUAACCCAAGGGCCGGAUCCAAACCAUAGUCCUUAAGGGACAACUUGGUACCACAAUGAAAGAGAUUGUCUUGCGAAAACUGUAAAAAAAUCUGUACUUGAAAGUAGGUCUAACCUAGCCGGAACAUGUGGGCCCAGGGGGAAUCCCUAAAUUAAAGACCACUUGAAGAGCGGGCCCGAAAAAUGGGGCCAGCCCGGUUGAUUUACUACUUUUACUAACUAGAAGCCAAUAUUUUUUUCUCAUUGUGUAGGAGGCCUUAUAAAAAAACAAUGAAAAGAUUUUGAUUGGAUUAUUAUAAGCCGUCUUUGUUACAUAUUUUAAAAAACUGACUCCAACUAUUCAUAUGGUCACGAUGCUCUCACUAAGGAAUGCAAAUCUUUAGCUUUUUGAACAUAAUAGCAUACUAUUAAGUUCGAAAUUAAACAAACUGGUACAGUGGCAUACUGUAAAGAUCAAAAAUAAAUAAGUUGGCAUACUGUGAAACCAGCAAAUCUAAAGUAACUUGUUUGUUUAAAAAAAACAUUUUUAACACUAAUGCAUUAUAAUGCCACUUCAGUUAAUACAUAAUUCCAAUAAGUACUUACCUUGUAACGGAUUUAAAAAGUAUUUAAAAGUACCUACUCAAGUCUCAAUAUGAACAUAUCAAUACUAAAUAAAGUACUUUUAAUCUGCAAUACUAAUAAGAUAUGCUAAUCUGAAUAAUUACCUGUUUCUGGUUGAAUUAUAUUUUUCAAGUAAACAACUAUACGCGGGUAUUAUUCUGUUAUUCAUAUACUAGCAUGUUUUUUUAAUCUGUUGUAUGAAUAAAUAAAUUUUUAAACAAUUGAUAGUGUUUGCACUCACUUUUUAUUACUUUGAGUGGGUUAGAGGCAAAGUGCAAAAUAAAAAAUAAAAAAAAGUAAAAAGGUACAUACUUAAGUAUAUAGAGACUUGUACAGAGCCAAACCUAAAUUUUUGGUCCGCCAUGUGAGCUUUUUGUUUGGUACGACCCUCGAGCUCAGGUGUGUCGGCGCGGCCCUGUUUUUUCCAAAGUUACUUCGGUGUAGCCCGUGCUGAGCGUAAUAGGACCACAUUCUUUCCUUUGGUUUUGGGCCUCCGCCCUCAGGCUCACGUGUGUCGACGCGACCCGGUUUUUUCCAAGUUACUUCCAGCCCGGCCCAGUGCUGAGCCUAGUAAGCCCACUUUCAGAUUUAGAUACCUACUGGGCCUAGUAGGCUCGGUCCUUUUUUAGGUAUAUUAAAUAAGCCCAUUCAGGUCUAUGUACUGGGCAUAUUGGGUCUUCUUUCGGUUCUAUUAGAUUGUUCACAUACUUCUGCGGCUUCUAACCCCACACAUUUAAAAAAAAAUUUUAAAGACAAAUUUUAAGGUAGUACAAAAAAAACCAAUUUCAGAUUUGACUAUCCCCGCAUGUGUGUACCAAAGUCAUUUGAAAUCAACCUGUCGUUUAAGAAAAGUUUGCCCAAGUACUGUAAGGGCAUUGUCAAUGAAUUUUUUGAAAGCCGUAUGAAUAAUGUGAGUCCAGUAACGUCCCGACUACGAGUUUUGUAA